CGCCAAGCAAAGAACACAAAAAAAUAUCCUCUCGCAAACAGCGCAAUGCAGUAAAAUAAAAUCAGCCCUUGUCAUUUUUCCAAAAAAAAAAGAAGAAAAGAACUCGAAACGUUUUAUAAAAAGUUUUUCCAAUAAUUUGCAAUUUGCUUGCGAGCCAUUUCCAUUUAUUUAUUUUACUAUAAGACGCGCAACGACAAACGGAAACUUCUAAUUGAAGCGAUCAGCGGAAUCCCAAAACCAUGUCCAUUGUAGAUAGUGGAAAAGUUUCCGAUAGCAGCUCUGGAAGCGGCGGCGGUGGUGGCGGCAUUGGCGGCGGCGGCAAUGAUUGGAUUUGCGAUGAUGUUGAUUGCAAAAAUGUGAACCUCGGGAGACGGACAAAUUGCCACAAGUGCCAGCGGGAGCGUCCUGAAGUUGUUGCGAGUACCGGAAGCGUCCCUGGCGGCGGAGCAGUACCCGUAGUUGCCGCCAUUGUUGGCGCUGUUAGCGGUGGUUCGUCGUCAUCGUCGUCGAAAAAGAAACUAGGCACAGAAAUCGGGAAGGCUGCCGCGGAGAAGUCGCGUGGCCUGUUCAGCGCCGAGGAUUGGCAGUGUAGCAAGUGCGCCAACGUGAACUGGGCCCGCCGGCAGACUUGCAACAUGUGCAACGCGCCAAAAUUCUGUGAUGUCGAAGAAAGGACCGGAUACGGUGGCGGAUACAAUGACCGAGGCGUAGUCGAGUAUAAGGAGCGAGCCGACUCAGACAGUGAGUACGACGAGUUCGGGCGCAGGAAGAAGCGUAAACACGACGAGCGAAAGAAGCCAUUAACAGUGCUGCCAGCAGAGAAGAUGCCAUCAAGGGAGAAGAACGGAGCAAACCUUCAGGUGGAUGCUGAACAUGAAGAGGACGAGGAAGAAGAAGACGACGAUGAGGAGGAAGACGAUGGAGAUGGGGAUCUCUCCAAGUACGACUUGUGGGGUUCGGACAACGACGAAGAUACCAAAAUCAAACCCAAAGUCGAGACCAAAACUCGCUCCAGAUCUCGUUCGAAUACACGAUCGACGCACAGCUCGUCGUCGUCAUCGAAGUCAUCCUCCUCCUCCAGCUCGUCAUCCUCGUCCACGUCACAUUCGUCGUCUGGCAGGAGCUCCUCGCCGUCGUCAUUGACAAAAUCCAAGACCAAGUCGCGGUCAUCGCGCGACCGUGUUCGCGAUCGCCACCGCGACCGCGAACGUUCGAAGACCCGAUCUCACACAUCUUCGCGAAAAUCUAGACAUAGCUCCAAGUCUCGUUCCAGGUCGACGACAUCUUCCAAAAAUCGUCCCAAUCGCUCCAAAGACAGACGAUUCCAUGGCACUUCCCGGUCCCGGUCUCGGACUCGUUCCCCAUCUGGGUCCGGUUCCCGCUCUCGCACCCACUCCAGGAACAUUUCCAGCUCUUCACAUUCGACGAAAUACAAAAACAAAGACCGCAGCAGGUCACCCCACUCGACUACCUCCUCGUCGCGUCACAAGAAACGAUCUCGUUCCAGGAGCACCUCAACCACUAAAAAGAGGCGUUAGCUGUUAGUCGCUUGACAACAACAUCCCAACACAAUACAGAUACACAAUGUUUGCUACUGUUCUUUCUAUUUAUACGCUAACUUAACGGUUUUGAACUUUAUUUUCAGUUUUUGAUUAUUUUCUUACUCUUACUCUUUUUCGGUUUCUUAAGAUAUACGCAAAUGCACGGUAGAUGAAUUGUUUUUUGAGUUAUUUCUUUCUUUUUUAUUUCGAAUUUCUUUUUAAUUUCAUUUUCUUAAUUUAUUGUU